GAAAAUUACUAUUAAAUCUCACCUAACAAACUCUUGUACGUUACACUUGUAUUGAGGAAAUGCGCGGCUAUAUAUAGAUGCAUAAUCUUUCACAAAUUUUCAUCUACUACUCCAACACACAUACCAUAUAUAGCAGCAAAAACACAUUUGAAAAAACCUAAGAAAGAAAGAAAAAGAAAAUGGUGGUCUCUAGCAACGGUGGCGAUGUCUACGACUGGGCUGAAGCAGUGAAGGAAUUCGACAAAGCAAAAUCCGGCGUGAAGGGCCUAGUGGACGCCGGCGUGACGGAGCUGCCUCGUCUCUUCGUGCACCCGGCGGAGCAUCUCCAGAGCAACCCCACCGACCCGGCCCUGCAGCCGCAGCUCCCCACCAUCGACUUCGCGGGGCGGCGCCAGGAAGUGGUGGAGGGGAUCCGCAAGGCGUCGGAGGAAUGGGGAUUCUUCCGCAUCAUCAACCACGGCGUCCCCUCGGAGACGAUGGACGCCAUGCUGGAAGGCGUGCGGCGGUUCCACGAGCAGCCGACGGCGGAGAAGAUGCCGCUCUACUCGGACGACAGCCGGAUGCGGGUGCGGUUCAACAGCAACAGCGCUCUCCGCGAGAACGACUCCGCCUCCUGGAGGGAUAUCCUCACGUGCGUCUUCAACGACGACCACAUCGACCCCGACCUCAUCCCUCACGCCUGCAGACAGGAAGUGCAAGAAUACGUGAAGCAGAUGAUCCGCUUGAGGGAGACCAUGGCGGAGCUCAUGUCGGAGGCGUUGGGGCUUCCCAGCGACUAUCUCUCCAACAUAGAGUGCAUGAAGAGUGAGGCCAUGGCGUGUCUCUAUUACCCAGUCUGCCCCGAGCCUCAAAAAACCCUAGGAACGCCCAAGCAUUCCGACACCACCUUUCUCACCUUAUUGAUGCAAGACGCCAUCGGCGGCCUCCAAAUUCUUCACGGCGGUCAAUGGGUCAACGUGCCGCCCGUGCCUGGGGCCCUCAUUGCCAACAUUGGUGAUCUCAUGCAGAUUAUUAGCAACGACAAGUUCAUCAGCGUGGAGCACAGAGUGGUGGCGCAGCCGGUGGGGCCCAGGAUCUCGGUGGCGUGUUUCUUCACUCCGAGCAUGAGUGCGGCGGCGAAGCCAUUUGGUCCGAUCAAGGAGCUGCUGUCGGAUGAGAAUCCGGCCAUAUACAGAGAGUUUAUGUUCAGAGACUACUGCCAAUAUUACAAGAUUAAAGGACAAGAUGUUUCGUCGGCUUUGCCUCAUUACAAGAUUUGAUCCAUCAAAUGUUUUAUAUUAUCAUUUACUAUAUUGACAUACAUAAUAGGUGCUGCUUUGUUGUACUACUAUUGUUGGCAAAGCUAUACCUUGAUUGCCAUUUUGUGAUAUUUCACAUGAUCUUGUAUAAGAUUUUUUUAUUCCAAAUUAAUUAUGCUUCACAUA